GCAACGGCUAAGAGCCUGUGGGUUUAUUAUAAGGCGGAGCUCGGCGGGAGAGGUGCGGGCCGGGGCAGAGGCAGGCGUACAGGAAUCCGAUAGUCGAGAGCAGCUCCAGCCGGCAAACCCGCAGCCCUCUUCCAGGAUAGCGUCCGGGAAAGCAGAGCGCCGCCAGCAGCAGAACCGGCCCCGAGCCCGCCCGCCCGCCGAGCCCCCGGCCGCUCUGGGCACCAGCAUGAGGCGCGCGGCGCUCUGGCUCUGCCUCUGCGCGCUGGCCCUGCGCCCGCAGCCGGCCCUCCCGCAAAUUGUGGCCACAAAUGUGCCCCCUGAAGACCAGGACAGUUCUGGGGAUGACUCUGACAACUUCUCUGGCUCAGGCACAGGUGCUUUGCCAGAUGUCACCUUGUCACAGCAGACCUCCUCCACCUGGAAGGAUAUGUGGCUCCUGACAGCCAUGCCCACAGCUCCAGAGCCCACCAGCAGGGAUGCUGCAGCUGCCUUAACCUCUGUCCUGCCCACUGGAGAGAGGCCUGAGGAGGGAGUGGCUGUACUUGCAGAAGUGGAUCCUGGCUUCACUGCUCAGGAGAAGGAGAAAGAGGUCACCCUGGAGCCCAGGGAGACCACACAGCUCCCAGUCACUCAGCGGGUCUCAACAGCCAGAGCCACCACAGCCCAGGCACCUGCCACUUCCCAUCCCCACAGGGAUAUGCAGCCUGGCCUCCAGGAGACUUCAGCCCCUGGCCAAGCUGAGCAUCACCCUCCCCAUGUGGAGGACAGAGGUGUUUUUGCCACCAGUGGGGCUACUGAAGACAGAGCCACGACUCAGCUCCCAGCAGGAGAGGGCUCUGGGGAGCAGGACUUCACCUUCGAAACAUCUGGUGAGAACACAGCUGUCGUAGCUGCCGUGGAGCCUGACCACCGGAAUCAGCCCCCUGUGGACAAAGGGGCCACAGGUGCCUCACAGGGCCUCCUGGACAGAAAGGAAGUGCUGGGAGGGGUCAUUGCUGGAGGACUCGUGGGGCUCAUCUUCGCUGUAUGCCUGGUGGGUUUCAUGCUCUACCGAAUGAAGAAGAAGGACGAGGGCAGCUACUCCUUGGAAGAGCCCAAACAAGCCAAUGGUGGUGCCUACCAGAAGCCUACCAAGCAGGAGGAGUUCUAUGCCUGAUGUGGGAGCAUUUCUCCCUUCACCCCUGCCACUCACUAGGCCCCCACUUGCCUCUUCUGUGAAGAACUAUAAGCUGUGGCCUUCCUGCCACUGUGCCAUCUCCCCAGCUCCUCCACCCCUCCGGCUACUCCUGCCCGUGCAGUCCUGGGGUGUGCUGGGAGCUCAGUCUGCUUCUCUGACUUUUGCCUAGAGGCUUGGGCGCAAAAGGUUUCUCGCAUCUUGACUUUUCCACCACAGCUCUUCCUGGCAUCCCACAGUGCUGACUCAGUCUCUGCAAAUGAGAGCAGCCUCUCCUAGACUCGGCUCUGGAGAGAACUGGGACCGUGCAGCGCUGUGGACCUGGAUGGCCUGCUGUGGCUGGAAGAUCCUGGGGGCAGGGGGCUUUGGCUGACAUACAAUAGCACUUAUUGUAGAGACAGCUUGGGGGCAUGGCUGCACUGUGGCAGAGAUGGAGUCCAGGGCUCCUCAGAAUUCAGUCUGUGUCUACUUUAGGUAUCAACUUGUUUUUGCACAUGUUUCCUCUAGUUUCUCUGUUCAUAGCCCUAAUAAGACUAGUCUAGUAAGACUUUGUCACUUCUAGGGUAAGUUAAGUCAAUUGACUGGUGUCCCUCAUCUUGCUUCCCUAAUUUGCAUCUAGGAGACAGCAUCAGGGUUAAGAAGACUUUUUAUUGUUUUGUUUUUAAAAUAGAAGAACCAAAUCUGGAUUCCACAAUGCAGGCUUAAUUUGUGUGUCUCUGAGUUUGUCACUCAUGUGUGCAACAGGGUAUGGACUGUGUAGUGGCCCCUCAUUUUUGGUGGCCCGUUAGUGGGCUGACCACUCCAGGGCAGCCACCUCUUUUGAGCAGUCAUGUCUGUCUUUGAACCCCAAACCAUAUCCAUGGCCUGGGCCACUGCAACAUUGGCAGAGCCUGUGUGAAUAAUUCUGGUGCUCAGGCUAAGGAGAGAGGACUAUGGAUGGAUAGAAGGGUAGAGUGGGGGAUCCUCAAGACUCUCCUGCCUUUGGCAUCAUUUCUGGGGAACCCUUUCUCCUGGAAAUUGACAAGUGGCAUUUGGCUACAGCUGUCACUGGCUCCUCCAUCAGGAAGCAAGUUCACCUUCAGCUCCUGCACCUUUGCCUCGGGCUGGAGGUAGGAAUGUUUCCCAAAGAGUCUUUUGCUUUUGGCAAAACGCUACUUAAUCCAAUGGGUUUUUCCCUGUACAGUAGAUGUUGCAGAUGUAAUAAACUUUAAUAUAAAGGAGUCAUGUGGACUCAACUGCCUUCACUUCUCUGGGAUGGCAUUGUGGACAUGGCCAGCCUUUUCCCAAACCCUGGCAGCUCUGGGAAGCUGGGCUUGAGGCUUUGUGCCCUCAUGUCUCUGAGGGAAGGGAUCCUGGGUCCAGACUCACUCUGUUUUUUUAAUUUUUAUUUUCUUUUGGCUGAACUUCUUUGUGACAAGUUUGUAGGUUCUGCCAAGGUUUUACAGGGCCUGAUGUCAGCCCUUCUAAAUGGCUUAAGUAUCCAGGACUCUAGCAUAGCCUGACCAGAGAUCACUACAGCCAGGCCUGCCUUGCAGGCAGACACCUGGGACAACCCUUCUCCUACACCUUUGCUGGAACCAAAGGCCCAGCUUGGAGGUCCUGGAAACUCAUCCUUGCUUAAUUUAACUAGACAACGUUCCAGCUGCUGGACAGGCUCACAGAGACAUACCACCAAAUGAAGAGAACCCCCAUUCCCCGUGCUUGAUCCUGGGACUUGCAGCUGGAGUGAAUGAUUGGACCCAAUGUGAAGUGCAGGGGUGGGAUGUGGGACUGCACUCAGCUUUGGGCCCAUGGUUCAGCAGUGCCCCAGCCCUGGCUACUGGGCCCAUUCAUGUAACUGCAAUAAACGGUACUUGUCGUCUUGGACAGCA